AUAUCUUCUCUAUAUACUUAGCUAUUGUAACCUACUACUGUACGCCUAUAUAAAGGCUUCUCAUAUCUCAAUGGAAAUUAACAAGCUUUCCACUAUUCAUUCUUAAUAUCUCAUAGAAAGCAUGGAUUAUAACUGUCUUUAUUACCAUAAUAUUUCAACGUAAACUAUGCUUCUUAGGCCAAACACUUUAAAUCUUAAAUGUCUAUAGUUAAAAAAAAAAAAAAAUUAUGAAAGUAUAUAUCAAGAUGAAUCUAGUAGGACCACACACAACAAUUUUUUUUUACCGUACAAAUCACAAUAUAUGGUUAAAGAGAAUAUAUGAACAUCAUCAACAAUGUCAACAUUGCAAUAUUUAAGAAAUGACUAGUGCUUUUUUGCUCGUUUGCAUUUAUGAAUAUCUUAUUUAAACAUAAAAAGUCAAACAAAAGACAUUCUUUUAUGGUAAUAGAGACGGAGGCAAGUAAAUCCUACCACAACACAACAAGAAAACAUGAAUCAUAAAUUUGAUUUUGGGUUCCCUUGGUAAUAAUUUCGUACUUUGGUGUUCAUUACUUGGUAUAUAAUUACCAAAGCUACAUUAUUAUUUACAAAAUUGCUAUUAUUGGAGUAAAUGAAUGUUGAACUAAAAAGGCGAACCUAUGAAUGCCAGAAAUUUGAUUCGUUGUGGUAAAUAAUUGACAUGUUGUUGUUAUUGUUGGUGUCCUCUACAUUGGUUUUGGUCCUUCAAUUCUUGUUAUUGUAGAAUGGUGGGCCCAUUUCCUCACGAGUGGAACAUCAAUAUUAUAGUUGCUCUUUUCUUUUUUUUUUUUUUUUUUUUUUUUUUUUUUUUUUUUUUUUUUUAACAGAAGAUUCAUUUAACGAAUCAAUAAUAUAGUUGAUGUUCUUUUACUCACUGCUCUUUUGCACUGUUGAUUCUUCUAUCUGGGUAAGAUCUACUUCGUAUUACAGUACUCCUUAAUUUGUUAAGGAUCAAUCUAUCCUAGACAAAUUAUUAUGUACGAGAUUUUUUUUUUAAGAUAAAAGGGUGAAAAUAGGAAAGCUACGUCGUUUUAAGUUGAUCAUGGACCAUGCAUGGUCCCAUAACAUCAAAUAAUAUAGUACAAAACUGACCCUUAGCUCUAGUUUCAGAUAAGGAGGGUAGGAUAGAGCUUAAACUUAAGAAAAUGGCAACAUUACAUUUGAACCCCCAGUCAUUAGCCCUCAAACUUGACAAAAAACUCACUAAUAUCUAUCCCUAUGCUUCUCGAAAUAGCUUCAAUUUACCAAUAAAUGCAUCACUAGGAGGGGGAAAAUCAGGAAAGCAACUGAUAGAGUCAGGAAUCGUUAGAGCGAUCCCUCCGAAAGAAGCUGCCAUUGCCUUGAAAUCCGAUGGGUUGAAGCUCUUGGAUGUGAGACCUGAGUGGGAAAGAGAGAAAGCGCGAGUGUCUGGCUCACUGCAUGUUCCGCUCUUUAUCAAGGACACAGACAACUCCCUUAUUACCUUGCUCAAGAAAUGGGUUCAUUUGGGGUACAUUGGCUUAUGGACUGGCCAGAAGUUCACUACCAUCAAUUCGGAGUUUGUGUCACAAGUUCAACAGAUUGUUCCUGACAAGGACACCAUGCUCCUUGUUGCCUGUGGUGAGGGGCUAAGGUCUAUAGUGGCGGUUUCAAAGCUGCAUGAAGUGGGAUACAAGAACUUGGGAUGGUUGGCUGGAGGAUUUACUCGGGCUAAGGAUGGUGAUUUUCCAGUUGAAGGGGAUGAGAAGUUGCAAUAUGCCACCAUUGGCGGUGUAUCAUACUAUUUUCUUAAACUGCUUACACUAUUACAAGCAGCUGACACUUCUAAUUGAGUUAUUAAUGAGUUCAAUAUUGUCUUGAUUUA